GGUCACUACUUAUGUUAAAUUUUUAAUUAUUUAUUCAAAAAUAAAGGAGAAACUAACGAAGUAUUGUAAGCUCAGUACAAUUGGUAGAAUUAGUUCAUUUUGCGAAAACCAAUCACCUGUUGGCUAACUUCAUACGAAUCAAUACAAGACCCCCAAGAGCAGUUCCGGACUGCUACUGAGGAGUUACCGAGUUCCGUACUAUUUCAUCAGAAUUCACGUUUGAAAAAUCAUGAAAAUGACUGAAAUACCAGUGCUGGACAAUUAAAAGUACUCAUAUACCUAAAAACAGAGUGAGAGUGUUUCACUAAGGAUUGUAUCUCCAAGAAUCAUCGAAUAUAACCAAAAUGUUUCACCGUUUCUCUCUCGCCCGUCGUGCCCUCCUCCCCCUCUCCCGUGCAAUCACCACGACCCCUCCUUCAGCCACCCUGGCACCCCCGCUGCGUUACGCCCCAGGUGACGAGAUCUCAAAUUUCAAAGUAACCGAAGUCUCCCACGUCCCGGAGAUGCACGUCGAGGCAAUCCGCCUGACGCACACCCCCUCCGGUGCUCAAUACCUCCACCUAAACCGCGACGACCUGAACAACGUCUUUAGCAUCGGAUUCAGAACGACUCCCUUCGACUCUACCGGUGUCCCUCACAUUCUUGAGCACAUGACCCUCUGCGGCAGUGACAAAUACCCGAUCAGAGAUCCCUUCAUGAAAAUGCUCCACCGCUCACUGGCAACCUUCCUCAACGCCAUGACCGGUCCUGACUACACGAUCUAUCCGUUCUCGACGCAAAAUCCGAAGGACUUGCGAAACCUUCAAUCGAUUUACGCGGAUGCAGUAUUCUCCCCCCGCUUGCGCUACCUGGACUUCCUCCAGGAAGGCUGGAGGCUCGAGCACUCAGACCUAACGUCAAAGUCAUCUCCAAUUGUGAUCAAAGGAGUAGUCUACAAUGAGAUGAAAGGUGUCUUCAACGAAAGCCAAACGAUUUUCGCAGAGAAGCUCUUGAACUUAAUCCUCCCAAGUCAUACCUAUGGCAUAUGCUCCGGAGGGCUUCCCCUGGAGAUACCCAACUUAACCCACGAUUUCUUGAAGGACUUUCAUUCCAAAUACUAUCACCCCUCCAACUCCAAGAUCUUCUCCUACGGUAACUUUCCAUUUGAGGAGCAUCUGAAGUUCAUGGAUGAGAGAUAUCUAUCCUCUGGUGGAAAGAUUGACACAUCUGGGUCGUUAGUCCCACCUGAGAAACGAUGGGCAGGUCCUCGACGUGAGCACAUUGGCUGCAAGAUCGAUCCAAUGGCACCGGAUGCCACUAAGCAGAGUUCAAUCGCGGUUGGACACCUCUGCAAUGACAUCAAAGACAUCCAGACAACGUUAGAAUUGCAUAUUCUAUCGGAGCUGCUUCUGAAGGGGCCUACGAGCGCCUUUUACAAAGGCUUCAUCGAGACGAACUUGGGAAGCGGAUUCGGUCCGUUCACGGGUUACGACUCUCAGUGCCGGGACACCAUCUUCGUCGUGUCCCUCCAAGGGGUCGAUCCCGAGAACUUUCAGAAGAUCGAGACGACCUUUGAUCACAUCCUGGAAGAUGUCAUAUCCAAAGGAUUUGAUAGAGAUCAUGUCGAGGCUGUCAUUCACUCCAUCGAAUUGCGGAAUAAGCAUCAAUCCUCCAACUUCGGGAUGAAUCUGCUCUUCAGUGUCUUUCCCCUGUGGAACCACGAUGGAGAUAUCGUUGAGAGCCUCAGGCUCAAUACUUCCCUGGCGAGGUUCAAGGAGAAGCUGCAGCAGGAUCCAAACUACCUCACGAAGCUCGUAGAGAAGUAUCUUCUCAAGAACACGCACAGACUGGUCCUCACUAUGAGUCCGGAGGAGGACUACGACAGGAGAAUGGCCGAGGCAGAGGAUAAGCUGAUACAGCAGAAGCUCCAAGAGCAAAAACCAGAGGACCUAGACAAAAUCUUCGAGACUGGACAGAUUCUCAGGAAGGACCAGGAGAAGAAGGAGGAUUUGAACAUCUUGCCGACUCUGAAGAUCGAGGAUCUAAAGGCGGAUGUUGAUCGUUACGAGGUGUCUGAUGUCACGGUUUCUGGGGUUCCCCUACAGGUAUCGAUACAGCCAACCAAUGGAAUCCUCUACUACAGGGGCAUCCUCGACACGAAGCAUCUGUCCUCGGAGCUGAAGGAGUUCGUUCCGAUCUUCAAUGACGUUGUCGCCAAGAUGGGUACGCAAGAACACGACUACAGGACCUUCGAUCGUCUUUGUUCCUUGAAGUCCGGAGGUCUUGGCUUCUCCACGCAUAUCAGUGAUGACAAGAGCAAAAUGAAUAAUUUCAAGGAAGGAAUUCUGAUAUCCUCUUACUGCUUGUUGAGGAACACCUCGGAUAUGUGGAAACUCUGGGAGGAGCUGUUCAACAAGGGAAAGCUUGAUGAUCUCAAACGCUUCGAGACUCUCGUAAGGAACUCGGCGGUCGAUCUCUCCUGCGGGAUUGCCGAUUCGGGUCAUCACUACGCGAUGAGCUCUGCUGCGAGUCUCGUGUCGUCCUCUGCUGAACUGAAGGAGAAGCUGUCUGGUCUUGAAUUUGUAUCGCGGAUGAAGAAGCUGUCUCAGCUGAAGGACAUGUCGCCGAUUCUUCAGAAGAUGCAAGAGAUCAGAGCGCAGGUCAUUGAUAAGAGUCGUCUGCGGUCAUCUGUCAAUUACUCCGAGGAUCAGGAUAGUCAAAACAUAGUGGAGAGCCUUCAGAAGGACUUCUACGAUCCGCUGAAGGCUUCUCAUUCUUCUGAUCAGACCGAAAACUUCGUCUCCAGUGAGCAAGACUCCGAUUCCAUCCGGGAGAAGGUGUCGGGGAUUCAUCACGUGAUGCCGUAUACCACGAACUACACAUCGAAGGCCAUUCUUACCGUACCUUACGCACAUCCUGACUAUCCUGCGUUGAGAAUCCUCGGUAAACUGAUUUCGUCAGUUUAUCUGCUGCCGGAAGUGAGGGAGAAGGAAGGAGCGUAUGGAUCCGGGGCCUCCUUAUCCCCCGAGGGGGUCUUCAUGUUCUACUCCUUCCGGGACCCCAACAGUACGAAGACGUUCGAUACCUUCGACAGAACCUGCGACUUCCUGAGGACCUUUGAUUUCAAGGACAAUUAUUUGGACGAAGCCAAGCUCGGGGUCUUCCAACAGAUCGACGCGCCUGUGGCGCCUGGCAGCAGAGGUCUGUUGAGAUUCACUCAUGGCAUCACUGAGGAUGACGUACAGAGGCAGAGGAUGCUCCUGAGAGCUGCGAGUAAGGAGGAUGUGAUCACUGUCGCGGAGAAAUAUUUGGCGCCCGGGAAAGAUGGAGUGAGGGUUGGCAGGGCGAUUAUUGGGGGCGUUAAUAAAGAGUUGUUGGAGAGGAGAGAGGAGAACUGGCGGGUGGUGGAUCAGGAGGAGGAGCAGGAGAAGGUUCAAGCUGCUGGAUAACCAAAAAGAAGAUAAGGAUGAUGAGGAUUGGGAGGAUGGCGAUGAGAUGGAGAUGAUUGUGGUAAUCCACGUCAAGAAGAUGAAGAAAAAGAUGGAUUUGUACAUAAAAUUUAUAGGAAUUAAAUUAAUUAUUGAAAUAAAAAA